AUGUAUCAACAAAACUAAGUUAUGUAUCAAUAAUAGCAACCUCCACCUCAAUAGCAUCGUGAUUAUAAUGUUCCACCACCCGGGUACAAGGCUCCUCGUUACCCCAGGGAAGAGUUACCUGAGAAUUAAGAGCAGAAUCUCGACUUGGGUGGUUCCUAUUAAUCCUACCUUUACAACUGUGGAGAAUGCUGCGGUAAUUGCAAGGCUGUUUGUCCCUGUAAUCCCUGUGUGGAAUAUCCCUAUGUGUAGGUAGAGCAAAGUUUUGUUGGAGUGUAUUUACGUUUUGGAAAGUACAUCAAGACAGUUCAACCUGGAUUAAUUUACAUCAAUCCUUGUACUGAUACAAUUCAGAAGGUGGAUUGCAAAGUUCAGAUGAUCGAUUGUCCUAGACAACAAGUGAUGACUAAAGACAAUAUUUUAGUGAGCAUUGAUGCAACUGUUUAUUAUAGAAUAGUGAUACCAAGACGAUCCAUAUUUUAUAUCAACGAUCUCCAUUAAGCAGUUACGCAAUUAACAUUGGCCACUAUCAAGAGCAUUGCUGGAUCCCACACUUUAUAGGAUUUGUUGGAGAAGAGAGCUGAAGUUUAAUAGCAAAUUGAAGGGUUCGUAGAUGAACAUGUCUGGGAAUGGGGUAUUGACAUUGAGAACAUGUUGAUUAAAGAUAUUCAAUUGAAUGCUGAUUUAUAAAACACAUUGUCAAUGGCAGCCAAAGAACAAAGAGCAGCUUAAGCGAAAGUCAUAUCUGCUUAAGGUGAUGUGCAAUCAGCAAAACUUAUGAGAUAAGCUGCAGAACUAUUAGAUUCAAAGGCAGCUAUGCAAAUUAGAUAUCUUGAUACAAUUACUACUUUGGGAUAGUAAGGAUCCACUAAAGUCGUAUUGCUACCAACUGAUUCUAAAUGA